CACGCGCAGUUGUUUGGCGGGAAUUUCGGAAGUAGCGGCAGCGACGCGGGACGGCGAGCCGUACUAACCCGGGAGAGGGCCCUCUGCACUGACGCCGAGUUUUCAGAGGAUGACGUCAGUCACCAGAGCAGAAGAACAGGAACCAAUGAUGUCCAAGACUCAGGAUCAUCAAUUGCAAUCAAGUCCUAACCCUUUGGAAGUGUUGCCUAAAUCCUCUGCCUCCCUGAAGAUGACGCAAGGCAUUCCAACGGAAAAAAAUCACCUCGGCUGGAGCCCUGAGGAGGGGGAAAGUUGUGAUGCCAAUCAUCAGGAGAGACUUCAGUUGAGGUCACUUCAUUUGUCCCCCCAAGAACAGUCUGUCCGUCAUCAAGACAGAAGGCAGUCCUGGCGACGAGCAAGUAUGAAGGAGAUAAACCGACGGAAGUCAUUGGCUCCCUUUCACCCAGGCAUCACAGAGCUCAGCAGAUCCAUCAGUUUGAAGUUAGCAGGUAGCAAACGGCUUGGCGCUCUCCUGCUCUCCAGCUUCCAGUUCUCUGUUGAGAAACUUGAACCUUUCCUAAAGAGCACUAAGGACUUCAGCCUUGAAUGCUUUAGAGCGAAAGCAUCUUCUCUCUCUGAAGAAUUGAAACAUUUUACAGACAGGCUGGAAAGUGAUGGAACUCUACAAAGAUGUUUUGUUGAAGAUUCAAAAGAAAAAGCACCAGAUUUUUCACUAGAAACCUCAGUGGCUGAGGUGAAAGAAUAUAUAACAAAGUUUUCUUUGGAACGUCAAACUUGGGAUCAGCUCUUACUACAAUACCAGAACGAGGUUCCACCCGAAGAGACACCCAGGGGAUCAACUGAAACCAAAAUCACUGAAGUCCAAGUGGAUCCUACGACUUGUCUUGGCUCUUCCCAGAAGGAAGUCCUUCACACAAAGCCUGACUACCAGGAAAUAGUACGGAAUCAGAACCGUGUCUUUGCCUGCAUGGAGUUAGUGAUGGAUGAGCUGCAAGGAUCAGUGAAGCAGCUGCAAGCCUUCAUGGACGAAAGUACUCAGUACCUCCAGAAGGUGUCACUCCAGCUCAAGAAGAGAAGCAUGGAGCAAUUAGAUUCUUCACCUGCUCGAAAACUGCUCAAACUCCACCUGCAGAAUUCAUCUACCACACAGUGAUCAGGAUCUUGUCGGCGACCUUACCUGUAGUUUCUGUGGUGAGCUGCCAGGGAGAGGACAGGGAAGAGUGCCUCCACACACGGCAAGCUCAUAGCAGUUUCCUCAGAGCUGGAAAGUUCCGACUGCAGAGCACUUUGACUGUUUCUGAGCGACAGCAUGUAUGCAUCCAGAAGAAUGUUGUUAGAGACACUUUCCGUGGGAAUGUGCAAGAUGCUUGAAAUGACCUUCAGAAACAGUGGCCCAUUCCUUUAAAGGUCCUCAGGGUCAGCACUUUUUAUCCCAUGAAGAUAUUGUCAAGUUUUAAAACAACCCAAAGACAUUUAGAACCAACAUUAACGAAAUGUUCGAGGGGUCAAGUUGGGUUCUUGUCAUAAAAGAAAGAAGCUAAAGUUUUCAAGUGUGGCACUAAAAGUGGAGCAUGAAAUGUUGUUGCAUGAUGGGUAUAUUUGGAUCAUGUCACAAAAUGCCCAUUUUCUGAAGUGUCCUAAUGUCUGUAGUGUGCUUUAGCUUUUAAUACUGAAUUGAGCUCCUGCAAUCUAAAUUUAUGGCAAGAAAGGGCUGAGACGAUUUAUUUUUUUUUUCUCUGGAAAUUCCCCUUUGCCCCGCUAAGAAUCGACCCCAAGGCUUUGCAUGUGCUAAGCAAGCAUUCUCACUGAGCUGCAUCUUUAGUUCCCGUAUUUUAUUUUAUUUUUUUAAAGGUGUUCUAGUUGCUGAAUGGUGCCUAGAACAUAAUAGACCUGUAAGAUAUGUUUUAAAAAUCUUGUGUUGUCAUUUCCUGUGACUGAGGAACAGUUAUUUAACCUCUUGUCUAGAACAUUGGAAUAAUGUUAGAAUCCGUGUUUUAAGGACACUCAAAAGAUUUUAAAUAGUAAAAGCCUAAAAUAAUAUUAUCAGUUUAUUGCUGAAGACUUAAAAGUUUAGUAGAUGGUAGAAUAGUUAAUGAGGUGGGAAAGUGCUAAUGUCUAAUUGGACUACCACAUGGAGAAUUCAAGCAGGCUGCUGCUCUAUGCACAGGUGGAGACCAGUGUAGUAAAGUCUGGAUUAGAAAUAAAAUUUAUGUUAUGCCUGGUUAUUGAAGAUUGAGGAUUUAUAUUGUCCAAAGUAGAACAAGAAAGGACAUUCCAGAUAGCCUCCAAGAAAGUCAGUAUUUUAAGAGUCAAAGACAGUAUUAUUAACUAUUGUUUCAAAAGCAGAGAAGUAUAACAAAGAGUACAAACUUUGGAGCAUAGUUUCAUCUCAUCAGUUUGCUCUGUCUUCAAAGGUGAUUAUGCCUUCCUCCAUUUUAUUACAUUCUAUCACUUUUUGUUUAUUUGUAAGUGUUCAAACUUGAAGGUAGGAAAUGUGUUGCGUGUCUUCAACCACUUAAAAGGGCUAGAACAUUAAAGAAAAAAACCAAAACACUAAAAACUUAGAUCUCAGCACUCAAGAAGUAGAAAUCAGGAGUUGGAGGCUCUCCAUGGCUGUGUAGCAGAUUCUAGACCAGUGGACUGCAUUAGACCCUGUCUCACAAUACUUAGUGAGCUCUAAGCAUCGUUAGUGCUUACCACAGCUUUAUUAUUGAGAGAGGCUUUUUUGUUUUUUGUUUUUUGUUUUUUUUUUGUCAUUUAUAGAACAUUAGAAAUGUUUCCUAAUUUAGCCAAGGAUAUAUGGGUAGUGAGGGUAAACCAGCACCAGUUUAGUACUUAGUAAAUGUUAACAAUUAAAUAUAAAUCAUAUAAUAAAAGGCUAUCAGUAUUA